AUGGCAUACUGUGAUUUUCGCGGGAAAGCCAUAGAAAUCUCGAAAAAAGCUACUGAAGAAGAUGCAAAAGAAAACUACGAACAAGCAUAUAAAUUGUAUCAGAAUGCUUUAGAGUACUUUAUGGCUGCAAUAAAAUGUACGUCGUGGUGGACAUUCAAAAAUAUUGUACCCGGUUCCUAUAUAAAAACAAAUUCAUCGAUAGAUGAGAAAAAUGAACGUUCUAAACAGACAAUACGAAAAAAACUUACCGAAUACCUUGAACGCGCAGAGAAAUUAAAAGAAUAUCUAAACAGCAAGGAAGAAAAACUCCAAAAGAACAAAGAUAAACCCCAAAAGAAAGGUUCUAAGGCCAAUGGAAACAAGAAAAAAGAAUCAAGUGAUGACGACGAUGACGACGAGCUUGAUGCAGAUACAAAAAAAAUGCGAGAGGCAUUAUCAAGUGCAAUUCUUAGCGAAACACCAAAUGUACAUUGGGAUGAUAUUGCAGGAUUGGAUGCUGCAAAAGACGCAUUAAAGGAAGCAGUAAUUUUGCCUAUGAAGUUUCCACAAUUGUUUACUGGUAAUCGAAGGCCAUGGUCUGGUAUAUUAUUGUAUGGGCCUCCGGGAACGGGAAAAUCUUAUCUUGCGAAAGCUGUUGCUACUGAAUCAAACUCUACUUUCUUUUCCGUUUCAUCUUCUGAUUUAGUUAGUAAAUAUAUGGGAGAAAGUGAACGCCUGAUUAAAAAUCUUUUCACAAUGGCUCGUAAAAAUAAGCCAGCUGUUAUUUUCAUUGAUGAAAUUGAUUCUUUAUGUGGUCAACGUGCGGAAGGAGAAAAUGAGCCGAGUAGAAGAAUUAAAACCGAAUUUUUAGUUCAGAUGAACGGUGUGGGACAUGAUGACACUGGAAUUUUAGUGCUUGCGGCAACGAAUAUUCCAUGGGAAUUGGAUAUGGCGAUUAGGAGACGAUUUGAGAAGAGAAUAUACAUACCGCUUCCAGAUUAUCACGCAAGAGCAAAAUUAUUCGAAUUAAAUGUUGGAAAUACGGAAUGUAAUUUUUAUACAGAAGAUGAACAAGGCAAUCCAGUUCGUUAUGACAAAGAAAAAGUGUUUCUAGAAUUAAAUAUCUCGAUUGUUGUCCGAGAUGCUUUGAUGUCACCUAUACGUAAAGUUCAGGCAGCAACACAUUUCAGAUGGACCGAUGAGAAAAAAGCAUAUUUAGUUCCAUGUUCGCCUGGAGCACCUGGAGCCAUAGAAAUGACAUGGAAAGACGUUAAGUCUGAACAGUUACAGGAACCAGAUUUAACUUUAGAAGACUUAAACAAAGCAGCACUUUUCGUAAAACCGACUGUAAACUCUGAUGAUCUUGGUAAAUAUGUCAAGUUCACAGAAGAUUUUGGUCAAGAUGGUUAA